AAUUAAAUGAACUCAAAACAACAACAUAUGACAGUAUGUCCUGCUUUACUGAAAGGAGAUGAUUAGCCAGAUGAAUUUCCUCUUAGAGCUUAAAAUAGUAAUGUACCAAAAAUGCCUGUUUAGAAAAAGAUUAUGGUUUAACAAAAUAAUGAAAUAUUAUACGAGAGAUUGAAUUAAGAGGCAGAAAUUUUUAAAUAGAAUAAUUAAAUGUUAAAGGAUUACUAUGAAUAAGAAGAAUUACGUCCCUGUUCAUUUACUCCCUAAACAUUAAAUGACGGUUAGGAAAAAAGAUCACUUUAUUAAUUUUUAUUUGAUUAACAGAAUCAUGUUCUUAAAAUAGAAUAAAAAUUAGAAUAAAUCAAAUAAAAUGAUAUGGAACGAGAUUUAUAACAUCCUUAUCAUCCUAAAACUAAUGAUUUUAAUUUUUAAUCUAGAGAUGAAUCUAUUCCUACAUAUGAAAGAUUAUAUAAUUUAAAUUAAAAGAAACCUUCAGAACCAAAAAUGUAAUAAUCAGAAUUAACAACUGUUGAUUUUAAACCUGUAAUAUAAUAGAAAUCUUCAAAUAUAGUAAGAAAUUAAAAGGUUGAAGAUAUCCUCUAUUAAGAUGCUUAAAGAAGAUAAUAGAAAUAGAGAGAAGUUUAAGAAUAGAAAAAUACACCUAAGGUUGUAACAGUUAAUGUUAAAUAUACAUCAAAUAAUAGUGAAAAAAUAGUAGCAUAAAAGUUUAUUAGAGAAUUUGAGACAGUGAUAGAUUGGAUUUUUGAUUAAACUGGAUAAGAAAGACCAUCUAAUGUUUCAUUUUCUAUUGAUUAUUUAAAAUUAGGGGAAAUAUUAUAGAGAUUAGGUUUUAUUAAUUAAUUGUAAGCAAAAGAAAAUAAUGAAAAAGCAGUGGAAUAUGAAAAUUUAAGAUUAUCAGAAGAAAGAGCAUUAUUAUGUGAAAUAUGGACUGUUUUAAGAGGUGAUGAAUUAGGAGGAAUUAGUAAGAGAAAUUUAUGUUUAUUUUUAUUAACAUUAAUUGGAAUUACAGAUUUUAAAAUAAAAGAAUUACCAUCAGCUUAAAAUGAAGAAGUACCAAAUUAUUAAAAGUCAAUUUAACCAUAAUAACAUAAAAUAGUAACUGCACAUUAACCAAAUGAUAGACCAAAAUUAGGAACAAUUGAUAAAGAUGGAAAUAUAAUAUUUACAUUUGAAGAGACAAAGAAGAUUUAGAAAUAAUUUGAUAUUUUAUAUAGAAAUAGAUUAGGUUGUGAAGAAUUAAAGAAGACAAAUUGGAAAGAUGAAAAUCCAUAUAAACCAUAAAUAUUAGAAUAAUCAAAAUAGUUAGCAAGUUAAUUUAGAGAGAAAUUAUUAGAAGAAAGUGCAAAUUUAAUAGAUAAUUAAUUAAUUAAAGUUAAUAUCCCAGAAAAUGGAUAGAUUAGUCAUGCAGAUUUAUUGGUUUUAUAGUAGAAGACAGUAGAAUAUCAUAAAGAAUAAAAGAAAUAGGAGAUAAUAUAAUAAGAAUUAGAUAAAUGUCCAUUUAAACCAUAAUUAUUGAAUUCUCAAAAUAAUGAUGAAAGAAAAAGUUCAUCAAAGAAAUAAGAUAAAUAUUUACAACUUUACUCAUUAGCUAAACCAGCAACUUAGAAAAGAGAUAGAACAACAGAAGAGAUAGAAUAUGAGAAAUAAUUGGAAGAAUGUACAUUUUAACCAGAUUUAUCAAAUAAGACUAAUUAAUAAUAAAAAUCAGAUAGCCAUUAUGUAAAUAAGAAUGUUGAUAAGACAGUUUAAAGAAUGAAAUAAGCAAGAUAGAGAAGAGAGGAAGUUUAAGGAAUGUUAGAGAGAGGAUAUAAAAGUGUAAAGGGAACAUAAAAUUAAUAAAAUUCAGUUUAAUAAAUUUAGUAGAAAAAAGAAAGUAGAAAUGAUUUAUAGAAUCAAAUUAAAUAAACAUCUUAAUCAUCUAGAUAGAAGAGUAUGUAAUCAUAGGAAUCUUAAUAAAUGAAUACAUUUCAAUCAUAGAAUUUCCAUAUGGAUGAAUCUUAGCCAAAAGAAGAAUAGAGUGAUGUUAGAUCUGGUAGCUGUAAAAAUAUAUAAAUAUAAGUAAUAGAAUAAGAUGAAAGAAUACCAUUGCUAUUUGUUGAUGUGAAUUUAGGACCAAAUAAAACUGAAAGAAUAGUUGUUUAUGAAGGAGAUUAAUCUUGUGAUUUAGCAGCUAGAUUUGCACAUGAACAUAGUAGAAUAUUUAUAUUAAUAAAUAGAUUUGGAUGAAUUUAUGUAAGAAAAAUUGAAAGAAUUGUUAGAUUAUUAAAUUAGUGGAUUAUUAACUAAAAUUGAUGAAGAAGAGGGAGCUUUAAGUGAAAAUGAUUAAUGA